AUGGUGGGCGUGGGGGAGGGGCGGGGGAGGAUGUGCGUGGGGAAGGAGGGGUGUGUGGAGGGUGCGGGGAGGAGGAGGGGUGUGAGGAAGGAAGGUUCUUCUGCCCGAGAAAGAGAGAAACAGGUGGGCGGGGCGGAGGAAGCGGACACAGGUGGGCGGAGGAAGCGGAAACAGGUGGGCGGGGCGGAGGAAGCGGACACAGGUGGGCGGAGGAAGCGGAAACAGGUGGGCGGGGCGGAGGAAGCGGACACAGGUGGGCGGAGGAAGCGGACACAGGUGGGCGGAGGAAGCGGAAACAGGUGGGCGGGGCGGAGGAAGCGGACACAGGUGGGCGGGGCGGAGGAAGCGGACACAGGUGGGCGGGGCGGAGGAAGCGGACACAGGUGGGCGGAGGAAGCGGAAACAGGUGGGCGGGGCGGAGGAAGCGGACACAGGUGGGCGGAGGAAGCGGAAGCAGUUGGGACGGGCGGAGGAAGCGGAAACAGGUGGGCGGGGCGGAGGAAGCGGACACAGGUGGGCGGAGGAAGCGGAAACAGGUGGGCGGGGCGGAGGAAGCGGACACAGGUGGGCGGAGGAAGCGGACACAGGUGGGCGGAGGAAGCGGAAACAGGUGGGCGGGGCGGAGGAAGCGGACACAGGUGGGCGGGGCGGAGGAAGCGGACACAGGUGGGCGGGGCGGAGGAAGCGGACACAGGUGGGCGGAGGAAGCGGAAACAGGUGGGCGGGGCGGAGGAAGCGGACACAGGUGGGCGGAGGAAGCGGACAGGUGGGCGGAGGAAGCGGAAACAGGUGGGCGGGGCGGAGGAAGCGGACACAGGUGGGCGGGGCGGAGGAAGCGGACACAGGUGGGCGGGGCGGAGGAAGCGGACACAGGUGGGCGGAGGAAGCGGAAGCAGUUGGGACGGGCGGAGGAAGCGGAAACAGGUGGGCGGGGCGGAGGAAGCGGACACAAGUGGGCGGAGGAAGCGGACACAGGUGGGCGGAGGAAGCGGAAACAGGUGGGCGGGGCGGAGGAAGCGGACACAGGUGGGCGGAGGAAGCGGACACAGGUGGGCGGGGCGGAGGAAGCGGAAACAGGUGGGCGGGGCGGAGGAAGCGGACACAGGUGGGCGGGGCGGAGGAAGCGGACACAGGUGGGCGGGGCGGAGGAAGCGGACACAGGUGGGCGGAGGAAGCGGAAACAGGUGGGCGGAGGAAGCGGACACAGGUGGGCGGAGGAAGCGGAAACAGGUGGGCGGGGCGGAGGAAGCGGACACAGGUGGGCGGGGCGGAGGAAGCGGACACAGGUGGGCGGGGCGGAGGAAGCGGACACAGGUGGGCGGAGGAAGCGGAAGCAGUUGGGACGGGCGGAGGAAGCGGAAACAGGUGGACGGGGCGGAGGAAGCGGACACAAGUGGGCGGAGGAAGCGGACACAGGUGGGCGGAGGAAGCGGAAACAGGUGGGCGGGGCGGAGGAAGCGGACACAGGUGGGCGGAGGAAGCGGAACAGGUGGGCGGGGCGGAGGAAGCGGACACAGGUGGGCGGAGGAAGCUGAAGCAGUUGGGACGGGCGGAGGAAGCGGACACAGGUGGGCGGGCGGAGGAAGCGGACACUUUUGGCGGAGGAAGCGGAAACAGGUGGGCGGGGCGGAGGAAGCGGAAACAGGUGGGCGGGGCGGAGGAAGCGGACACAGGUGGGCGGAGGAAGCGGAAACAGGUGGGCGGGGCGGAGGAAGCGGACACAGGUGGGCGGGGCGGAGGAAGCGGACACAGGUGGGCGGGGCGUGGGGAGCGGCGUAG